UUUACCUUUUCAGUUGCGUUCGCGUUUUCCAGCAGUUCAGAUGGCCACGCGGCCGGUUAAAAGAUGAGCCUAUCGUUGCUGCCGUGCGGUCGGUACUCGUCCUCGUCCACGUCCAUAUCCACAUCCUCGUCGUCUUUGUCGUCUUCGUCCUGCUCGUCUUCGUCCUGGUUUUCGGACGUCGUGAGUGCGGUGGCAGCUGGCACUACUACUACCAAUACUACUACUGCUACUUCUGCCGUAGUUAUUAUAGCCCCAAAAACAACUGCAAAUGAAGCCCUUGUGCUGGCUUAGCCGCAAAAAAUGAAAGUGAUUUAUAUGGCCAAAUGAAAUAUGCUCGCCUAAGUGAACCGACCGGCCCGGAAUCGAGUCAAUUAAAAUUCAAUUAUGCGACCAAAGAUGAAGGAGAGGCCGCGUAAGCGUUUGAAAACCGUUCGACCGCUGAACUCCUGACUGAACCGGAAGUUUAAACUGCCAUUGAAGUGUGUUCCCCCAAGCAUAAUCCUAGCAAUCGAUCAUAUCACAAGCGGAUAACAGAGUACAUAUCGUGCAACAAAAACUGGGUUAAGUCCCAGACUUGCGAGACUUAUCAACGGCAAGGAUAUACGCCAGAUAUCAAAACUGCAAUUACUUUUACCCUUGUUCUGCUUGUUAUCGUCGUCGUUUCUUGUCUUCGCGUUGCGAUUGCCGGUUGUAAAAGUUCAAGAAGUAGUGGUGGCAAACACGAAAAUAAACCCAAACACUGUCCAAAACCCCCACCAAAAACUCCACUCAGCGAGCUUGUUCGAAUGGAAAUCAAUCAAUUGCACAAUGCCAGAAUGCAGGCGGUGUGAAAAAGUGAAUUAAUUGCACAGCACGACGUCAAAGCUAAGAAACAUAACGAACAGCAAUUUAACCAUAAAGAAUAAAAAUUACAAAUAAAUGCCCCACAUGACACGACUGUCAUUUGUAAUUACAAAUGAGUAUGAAAAAAGUGGCAUACAUAAUUUACGAUUACAAUAAAUUUUAAAGCAAAACACACAUACCUAUAAAUACAGCAAAGUAUUUGCCAUUAAAUUAUCUGUGAUUUUUGUCAACAUAUUAAAUAUUUUGCGUGCGCGUGAUUAAACCCCAUAUACCGUAUCCCGAAUCCGUAUCCCAUAAUUUAAAGUGAAUAGUUGUGAAUGGUCCCAGUGCGUUCGGCUUGAAGGCAAUUCUAUUCGUCGCCGGUUGUUUGUUGUUGUUCAUUUCGUUUGGCGUUGAUUUCUCGUAGUUCUUUAAGUGUUGUAUAUCGAAUCGGUGUUGAAUCGGAAUCGUGUAAAUAUCGUACAAAAUGGCAAUGGUUAUAUCGACGCGUGCCAAGCUCGUGAUUACCGCGCUGAUUCUGUUCUUCCUGCUCGGCAUCGUCCUCGUAACGGGCUCCACAAAGGGAUGGUUCAAUCCCAACCGCUACAACGGCGAAAGGGUGGCAGCUAGGAUUCAGGCGACAGACAUCUUCGACGCCAGUGGAAUGCAGCCCCCGGGACAGACGCAGUACACGCACGAGAGACCGUAUCGCGGCAUCAAGGGCGAGAAGGGAGAGCGGGGGCCCAAGGGCGACAGCAUUCGCGGUCCGCCGGGACCGCCGGGUCCGCCCGGGCCCAAGGGCGAAACGGCCCCCUAUCCGCCCUUUGUGGAGACGACGAGUGCGGGGGCUAAAUACACUGGCGAGUGUACAUGUAAUGCGUCUGAUAUCCUAGAGGCCAUCAAGGACAAUGAGUCGUUGCGGGAAUCGUUGCGAGGAGCACCGGGCACGCCGGGCAAGGAUGGAAAGCCAGGUACCCCUGGACACACCGGAGCCACCGGAGUGCCUGGAGCCAGAGGCGCCCGGGGGUCCGAAGGUGCCCAGGGGCUGAAGGGCGAGCCAGGCGUCGACGGCCUGCCCGGAGUCAUGGGUCCGCCGGGACCACCGGGCCCGCCUGGUUUGCCCGAGAAUUACGAUAUAAAUUGGAAUCCAACCAGGACCUUCAAGGAAUCCCUAAUGGUCAACUCGAUGGGCGCAUUCCGGGGCACGACGCAGCCAGGAGCCAAAGGUGUGCCCGGCGAGAAAGGUGAUGCCGGCCAGAAAGGAGAGCGUGGCGAUCCGGGUCACAAAGGUGCACACGGGCCCAGCGGCGCAAAGGGUGAGCCCGGCGAACCGGGAACACCCGGACUGCCGGGAUUGCCCGGACAGGCCGGAACGCCCGGCGGACUUGAGGGCCUCGCCAGUGCCAAUGGGACCAAGGGCGAGAAGGGCGAGAAAGGCGAGAAGGGCAUGCGGGGUCGGCGCGGCGGAACGGGAGCCACUGGACCAAUUGGACCGCCCGGAAAACCCGGACCCAUGGGCGAUAUUGGACACUCGGGUCGUCCUGGCAUGACAGGACCAAAGGGUGAAAUGGGUCCCAAAGGACCAAAGGGCGAUUCCGGCGGACGCGAAGGGAUAAAGGGUGAUAAGGGAGACCGAGGUCAGGAUGGUCGCGAUGGCUUGCCAGGACCUCCAGGAUUGCCCUCCACUGGUGGAGGCGAUGGUGACAGCGGCGGCGUGCAGUACAUCCCAAUGCCAGGACCUCCAGGACCUCCGGGACCGCCUGGUCUGCCGGGUCUUUCCAUUUCUGGCCCCAAAGGAGAGCCCGGAAUGGAUUCGAGAGGCUCCUUCUUCGGCGAUGCAUCCUACUACGGACGACCAGGAACGCGCUCAUCCUUGGACGAACUCAAAGCACUGCGAGAACUGCAAGAUCUUCGCGAUCGGCCCGAUGGCACAGCCGAGCCACCGCACCAGCCAGGACAUUCCCACAAGCAUGAGGAUACUCUGGGGCUCGUCGAUGGCGAGGAACCGUACUUCUCGGCAUCCUCAUCGAACAUGAACAUGAAGAUUGUGCCCGGCGCAGUCACCUUCCAGAACCUCGAUGAAAUGACAAAAAAAUCGGCCCUGAAUCCGCCGGGCACAUUGGCCUACAUCACCGAGGAGGAAGCGCUGCUGGUUCGCGUAAACAAGGGAUGGCAGUACAUUGCGCUGGGAACUCUGGUGCCGAUUGCCACGCCCGCUCCGCCCACAACGGUGGCACCAUCGAUGCGAUUCGACCUGCAGUCGAAGAAUCUGCUCAACAGUCCACCACCCCUGCUCAAUACGCCAACGUUUACAACCGCGCCCGAAUACGAAACGUGGUAUCCGCGAAUGCUACGCGUGGCCGCACUGAAUGAGCCCUCCACUGGCGAUUUGCAGGGGAUUCGCGGGGCGGAUUUCGCCUGCUAUCGGCAAGGACGACGGGCAGGACUCCUGGGCACCUUCAAGUCAUUCCUCUCAUCCAGGGUACAGAAUCUGGACACCAUUGUGCGUCCGGCUGACCGGGAUCUGCCCGUGGUGAACACUCGUGGCGAUGUGCUCUUCAACUCGUGGAAGGGCAUCUUCAAUGGCCAAGGUGGCUUCUUCUCGCAGGCGCCGCGUAUCUACAGCUUCAGCGGCAAAAAUGUGAUGACGGAUUCUACAUGGCCCAUGAAGCUGGUCUGGCACGGCUCGCUGCCCAAUGGCGAGCGCUCCAUGGACACCUACUGCGAUGCCUGGCACUCGGGUGACCACUUGAAGGCCGGCUAUGCCAGCAACCUCGAUGGCCACAAGCUGCUCGAACAGAAGCGCCAGUCCUGCGACAGCAAGCUGAUCAUCCUGUGCGUGGAGGCACUCUCGCAGGAUCGCAAGCGCAAGAAGCGGGAAAUCGGCGACGGCAGCAGUCACGGCGAAAGUGAAAGCAGGGAGUUCAAGACGGCCGAUGAGUAUGCAGCGCAUUUAGAAAAUUUACUGAUGUAAGCGGAACCGGAAGGAAGAAGAAGAGCGGCGUCACACCGAACCAUUCUCAUGCAUAAAA